UUCACACACGAACGAAGCUCCACCAACUCGUUGAUAACAGACAACGCAAGCAACAUGCUAAAUACACGCGAGCUACUUAUUGCACUAAUCUAUUCUACAUGUUAUUUUGUUAUCCAAAGUGAAGCAUCUUGCGAACCAUCUCCGUGGACGCAAUGGGUUCUUUGCUUAGAUAAUGACCAGGAAUAUCGCGUGCGCGAAACGCAAAAAAAUGACGCAUGUACAUCCACUCCCUGUAACCACACAUCCGCUGAGUACAGAGAGUAUCAGUGUUCCAUUCUGAAAACACCGAAUGUUGACCAAGACACCAGAGCGGUAAGAAGUGAAUUGAUGUCUUUAGAUCCUAAUAUUACCAUGGUAGCUGAGAAACUCGCAAAAGGCAGUGCCAGUGACCGACUGCGCAUGAGCAAAUACUACAAAGCGGCUUAUGGAUCGGAUCUUUUGUCAGAUUUGUCGGCAUCUUUUGUUGACGUAGUUGACGAUAACUGUUGGUCAUCCCUUAUUGGUGGAACAACUGAUCACGUGGCGACGUCUCUUAUACAUCUCAUACAACUUGUUAACUCAGAUCACGUGAGCGCAUUACUUAUCACCAAUGACAAUGAGGAAAUCGAACGUAUUCAACUGCAAUAUAAACGUGAUACAGGUGAAAGCUUAGACGAUGCAAUAUCACAGAGAUUUUCUGGAGAUGAAAGCAGAGUGUUGAGAUCACUUGCGUCUGGCCAGAGGGAUGAGUAUAGUGCGAUAGGUACUGCAGACGUAGAGGGCGAUGCAUAUGAUUUGCGACAGGCUACACUUAUAUCCGAUGCGCACGAAAUACUGAGGAUACUUGGCGCCAAGGAUAAAACACAUCUCAACGAAGUGUUCAACCAAUAUAAAUCGACUUAUGGACGCUGGGUACAGUAUCACAUACGACGUAAGAUCACCGGGAGUGUGCAGGCGUCUCUUCUCAACAUUGUUGAUUAUAUCAGUGACGACGAAAAAUUCUGCGCCGUGAAAAUUUUCUUCGCACUGGGUCUUGCAACCGGUACGACGCUUGAUGAACAAGCAGUUGAAAGAACACUGGUAGAUUGUGCAAAGGUUAGUUUGUGCAAAACGGUCCUCAAAUAUCAGGAGAUAUACAAUCGAGAUCUUGCAGACGACAUCACAAACAUUUAUCAUGGGCCAUGCGCACCACUACUCGUUCCACUGGCAACACUGCAAUGAAGAAUGUAAUAAAUAAACUUAAAUCCUCCUGGAAGGGUAUCGUACUGUCACUAGAUUUUCAGAUUUAAAAAGACUAGGCCUAUAGGACGAGGUAACUGAAAACGAUUUACAGUUUAUAUUGCUGACCCACAUCUUUCUAACAAUUCUUUUUUCUCUAAAAACCAAACUUUAAGACAAAUUUGCUUCGGUCAGGAAUAGGCAGUUAAAGCAUACCUAAUUGUGGUUGUAUAUUAGAUGAUAAUUAAAAUAAUUCAUUUUAAACACACAAAAAGGAUUCAUUAUUUAAAUGUGAGCCCAUAUAUGGCGACAGGAUACGAGACAGUAUAGGUUUAACAUUGUAAGACAUUACUGAAGUAUAUUAACUUAACAAUCGUUUACUUAAUCUCUGACUAAAUAUAUUAUUACAAAUUAAAUUGAAAUUAUUAUAAACGUUUGCAAAAUUAAAAUAAUUUCAAUAUCAGUUGAUAUGGCUUUUAAAUUAAACUGAUUGUUAUUCUUGGUUGUAGUUCUUUGUAUUGUUUUUUAACAUUUAAUUAUCUAUUAUCCAAUUUUGAUUCGUCUUCGUGAUUUAGUUUUCCCAAUAUUUGCAAAUAAAAUAUA